GAGAAACCCUCAAGAAACACCAGUAAUGACGACCUUGUCUCAAUUCUCUCUCAUUCUUUUCUCUCUCUUCUGCACCUCUGUUCUUGCGAUUCAGCCUGAAACAGUUCAGGAUGCCGUCGAAAUCCUUGCAGACACAGGUUUCAUGGCCAUGUCCCUAACCAUUCAACUCGUUGCCCAAGCCCUAAUCUCUAAUUUAUCCUAUGCGACGAUCUUCUCUCCUGCUGACGCUGCCUUCAUUCAAUCGGGGCAGCCUUCAAUCGAUCUCCUUCAAUACCACAUAUCACCACUGGCAUUCUCAGUGGAAACCCUGAGAACCUUACCAUACGGUACCAAGAUCCCCACCUUGUACCAGAACCACUCGUUGAUGGUCACUACACCGGCUAAUGGUCAGCAGAUCUCAUUGAACAAUGUCAAGAUCAACGAAUCGACCAUCUUUGACGAUGGAUCUUUGGUUGUCUUUGGAAUCGACAAGUUCUUUGAUCCUUCUUUCAGUAUAUCCUCACAUUUGCCACCGAUCGGAGCUCCUACCUCUAACUUCUAUUGUACGGCUCCCUACUUGCAUGAUUCUGCGUUGGAUUUCGAAUCUUUUGUCAUGGCUUCUAAUAGCAUCAGAGACAAAGGUUACUCUGUGAUGGCUUCUUUCCUUGAACUGCAACUACCGCAGUCUGGUGACCAGAAGAAGCUGACAAUCUUCGCACCAGUUGAUGAAGCCAUAGAGGAUUACAAGCAACUUUCUGGUGAAAAUUCAACAGUCUUUCACCGUCAUGGUCUUCCUUGCAAGCUUACGUGGUCGGAUCUGGUUAUGUUGGAUGAUGGAGCCACACUGGAGACACUGUUGAGAGGGUUUAGGAUUAAUGUCACAAGAUCUGGUAUUACAGUUUUGCUAAACGGAGUUCCCGUCAUCUUUCCGGACUUGUAUUACCAUGAUUGGCUUGUUAUCCACGGCAUCCCUCAGAUCCUUUCGUUGCCUGCAGAGCAAGAGCCAGUCAGAGAUUCUUAUGCUGGAUUUAAUGGCAAUUUCAAGGGAAAUGUGCCUGAUUCCGGUGAAUUCUGAUAUCUUGCUAUUGCAUAUUAACAUGUCAGAAGCAUA